AUGGAGAUUGAUAGUGGGGUUGACGUUAAUGUAUUUUUAGCAUCUCAAAAAGUUUUAAUGAAUGACGAUUUACAAAAAAUGGUUUCAACUAUGCAGGAUCUUUGGGAGCGUCGAUUGUGGAAACAGUUAACGGAUGCUCUUAUAGACUUUUUUGGGAAUCCUGGAACUGAAGCUUUUCGAAUGGAUAUGUUCAAUUUUUUUGUGGGGUCUUUUUCUCAAAAUAUUAAUAAGUUGAAACUUGUAAUGCUUGGGUUGAGUGUAUCAGGACAAUGUAAAAGUAAUGUUGAGUCUCUUGAAUUUUUGUCAUCUCUUUUAGAAAAAGUUAAUACACCCACAACUAAAGAUGCAUAUGUAUAUGCAUCAAUUGAAACAGCACGUGUCAAGAUGUUGUGUGGUGAUUUGGAUAGUUCUUUUGAGCUUUUAAAUAAGAGUUCUAAGAUUUUGGAUGAGCUUGAUUCAGUAGAUUCUAUAAUAUAUUCUUCGUUUUAUCGUGUAAAUGCAGAUUAUUAUAAAUCUAAAGCAGAUUAUGGUCUAUUUUAUAGGAAUUCUCUUCUUUAUCUUGCUUAUAAUGAUCUUUCUUCUCUUAGUAUCCAUGAGCAACAACAACGAGCAUAUGAUUUAAGUAUUGCAGCUCUUUUGGGUGAUACAAUAUAUAAUUUUGGAGAGCUGCUUCUUCAUCCUGUUCUUGAUGCAUUAUCUGGUACAGAACAUGAAUGGCUUCGUCAACUUUUGUUUGCUUUUAAUUCUGGGAAUAUUUUAAAAUUUGAGAGUCUGAUGGGACAUUUUUUAAAACAACCCCUUUUGCAGACUUCUAUUCCAUUUUUGCGUCAAAAAAUAUGUCUUAUGGCCUUAAUUGAGGCUGUAUUUAAACGAUCGCCUCAUGAUCGUAUUCUUAAAUUUUCUAACAUUGCGGAUGAGACUCAUUUACCUGAACACGAGAUAGAGCAUUUGGUAAUGAAAGCGUUAAGCUUAAACCUUAUUCGUGGGUCUAUUGACCAAGUAGAUGAAGUCGUUCGUAUUACAUGGGUUUAUCCAAGAGUUUUGGAUAAAACUCAGAUAGAUAUUAUGAAAAAGCGUAUUGAAGAUUGGCAUAAAUCAACUUAUCAGUUAGAGACAUUUAUAACAAAUGUAGGAAGUGAUAUAAUUGAAAAUGAAGUUCUUGUACGAUAA